AGUGUGAGCUUUAUCCAUUCGGUGCAGUUAAUUGCAAAAACAACAUAGGCGCAUGCGGAUGCGACUACAGACAGUGUGUUUCAUCAAUUUAGUUUUUUUAAUAUUCUACACUGGUAGCAUAAACACUUCCUGAAUCAAGUUGGGACAGCUGCAGGUGAGAGGUCAGACCGAAUUCCCUUUCCACACCGACCGCCUACCUCACCGCAGCAUCCCGGGACAAUGUGACCCAUCUGGUUCACCUUCAAUAGCUAGUUGGGACUGUUCAAAGUGGAAAGCAGUGCCAGUACAGUGCACCAGCCACGUCGUCUGGCUGCGGCAAACAUCUCAGCACUUAGCAGCUGCACUGGGAGCCCGUGUUUUUCUGAGCCAUGCGACAGUGGUGCCUACCUGCCGUGGCUCCACGCACUGAACCGCUCCCUACGGGCCGACUGUCGCCUGCGCUCUCAGAUGCCAGGAUGGAGUGUUGUGAUGUGGAGCCUCGCUACACCAUCGAGCAGAUUGACCUCCUUCAGCGUCUUAGACUUUCAGGCAUGACCAAACCGCAGAUCAUUCAGGCUCUAGACUCUUUGGAGCGGCUUGAUUCUGACCACCGCUCCCCUUCCUGCUGUGACAACCACCCUGAUCCUCCCACUGUUGUUGCCAAUGCAGCAACAGUCGCGUCUUCAUCGUCGUCGUCAUCAUCUUCCUCUCUCACCUCCGCCACCACACAGACCCCUGUGAUGGAGGCCUCGCUGUCACCAAGCAACAGCUAUGAGGCCUCACCUCCGCCCCUUUACCCCCCUAGUGGAGUCCAGCGCUCAUUCAGCUAUGACCUGCCGGAGGAGGACUGGGACCUGGAGGAGAAGGUGGAGGAGUACAUGAGGAGAGAUAGCAACUUGGUGAAGGAGGAGAUCAAGGCCUUCUUGAAUAACAGGAGGAUCUCUCAGGCCAUCGUUGGACAGGUCACAGGCAUCAGCCAAAGCUACAUCUCCCAAUGGCUGCUGCAGCAGGGUUUGGAGAUGAGCGACUCAAAGCGCAGGGCCUUCUACCGGUGGUACCUGCUGGAACGCAACAGCCCAGGAAUCAGAUGGAGCGAAAGCCAGCACACGCAGAGCCCUAGGAGCAGGAAUGACGCCCCCUGGAGUAGGCAGAGGGAACUGCUGCUGCACCUGCUGCCAUGGUACUCUGCCCACCAGCAGGCUCAGGCUCAGACAGUGUCUCCUCAUGCAGGAGCCACGUUGUCCAUGCGCUCCCUGGUGAAGGAGGAACCUGACUGGAGGAUGGGGGGUAGCCCUGGGGAUCGUGGAAUCAUGGGCGGGCCUUUCCGGCUGCGCAGGGGGAGCCGUUUUACCUGGAGGAAGGAGUGCCAGUCAAUCAUGGAGAGUUUCUUCAUGGAAAAUCAGUAUCCUGAUGAGGCUAAGAGAGAGGAGAUCGCCAAUGCCUGCAACUCAGUCAUCCAGAAACCAGGCUGCAAGCUGUCUGAGUUUGAGCGGGUCACAGCGCUGAAGGUGUACAACUGGUUUGCCAACCGCAGGAAGGAGAUGAAGAGACGUGCCAACAUUGAGGCAGCCAUCUUGGAAAGCCAUGGCAUAGAGGUGCCCAGCCCCAGCUGUCACUCAAAUGGGGAGGAGACCGAGCCACAGGAGUUUCCUGAGCAGGUGCCUCAGCGUUUCACUGAACAGGAGGAGCUGCCACAGAAGAAGGACGCUGAUCAAGAUGGAAGCUCGUUGACUGCUAUGGAGGUAGCACCCCUCCCCCUCCCCCUCCCCCUCCCCCUCCCCAGCCCCUCCACCCAGCUGCUUGAUCAGAAGUUCGAGGAAUCCAAACGAGAAGCCGUGGACGAGGAGUGACAAGGGGAGACCACUCCUUCCACUCCUUGGGAUAGGAUAGACCAGACCUCCUAGGUGGGGCAUGGUAUGGUGUGAGGCCUGGCCAGGAGACCACACCAAAAUACUCUUGUGCCUCCAGUGGUAGGGAGGCCACUGUAUGUAACUACGGGAAAAAUGCUUAUAGUACUGGCAAUAUUUAUCUCUAUAUAUUGUGCAUUCCAAGGUCCUCAGACAGGGAGAGAAGCAGAUAUGGUGCAAACUGGUAGUCUCCACUUCUCCCUUUAUUCUAAAGCCUCACUCUCUCACUGUUCUUAUGGUUUAGCGCUUAGUUGAAGUACGUGCAAGAGAUGGAGCAGAGGACCUGCAGGACAGGUGCGCUAGUUGGGUUGAAGGGACACAGAAAACACUGCUGAGCUGGGGGGUCCUGGAGGGGCCUGGAGGUCCCCUCAGGUCAGGGUGACGGUCAAAAGAUGGAGGUUGGCCCUGAAAGACGAGCAACAACUCAGGAAAACUCAAGCAGAAAUCGAGCGCGAAAACAAACGAGAAAGAAGAAUUUAUGUCUCUAUAUGCAUUUAAUAUAGUUUUAAUCAGUGGAAUCUCUCCCAAUCAUGGUGGCUUCCUUCAGAGACUGUUAUGGACACUUCCUCACAUCUGAGUCGGUGUGCCAUAUAUGUUACUUUCUGUUAUCAUUUUUUUGUAUCAGUAAGUUGAGUGCUAUUUAGUUUUGUGCAUAAGCUUGUGCUAGCAGAAGCAUAUGCAUUUCAUGCCAUUUUUUAUUUGAUCAAGUAGAAACAUUCUGCCCUCUCAGUACAGUCACUAAUUAUGUCCUACAGACUGCUAUGGGCUUUCAAAUGAGUGGGUCAUUAUUUACAUUUGUUUUUGUUUUUAUAUAUGUAUGAUUGUAUUCUUGAGCACUUUCCAUCAUAAGCUAGUGCAGUAUGUAAGACUAUACUAAGCUAUACUCUCACAUUAUAUAUUUAGCAUCUAAUGCUAUAUGCUGCUUUUCCAAGCCGGUCAGCCUUUUUGGCCAGCUGCUCUUUCCUCACCUCAGCCCUUCUUAAGCCAAAGCUAUACUGAGGUGAAUAUGCACAGUUAGUACCUUGACAAAGUCUGACCUCACUGGAGCUAUGACGUUCCUUUAAGGUGGAAGGGGGGGAAAUGGGGGCUCAUCAGAUGUUCAGAAGGCUUAAAUGAUCUUUGUUAACAUUACAGUGAGAAAAAAAAUGAAAGAUUAAUCUGAAUUCUGUGCUCAUAGUUCAAACUUAUCAUAAUGCAGCACUUUGCCACCCUCUUUGUCUGCUUUACCCAGUGAUAUGAAAUAAAACUCUGUAAAGAAAUGAA